UGAUCGAGUGCAUUUAGGGAAUUCCUUGCGUCCAAGCAUGGAAAAGCUUUUAUACUCCUGUUCCCAAGUUAUUGUUCCCCAGGUUCAAAAGUAACAUGGGAAGACACGUCCAACAUACACGGUAACGGAAAACCCACAAGAGCGUCAAAACCGCGUAGCAAGUAACCCCGUUUUAGCACAUCUGUUCAUGCAGGUGACCGUUGGAUAAGAAAAAGAGCCCAGAUUUCCCUAGAAGACAAAUCACGAUGGAAUUGUAAUUUGUGAAAGCACAGUGUCGUGCUGUUGCUUUCUUGCAGAUACAUUAUUUAUUUUGUGCCAGAACCCUUUUUCUUUCGUAUAAGAAGCUGCCCAUAUGCUCAUAUUGUAAACGGUCAUUUGGGGAUGUUGCUGAGUUGAUCUAGGAGAACCUUAGCUUUGGUUGUUUGUAUUUGCUGUCAGAAAGAGUGUUCUGGGUCUAGAGGAAACACAGAGUAUAUAGUCUUGUGUUCAACACAGAGUAGUGGGUAUGAAGAACUCUGUAAUGAGAGAAUGGCUGCUAGUGCUGACUGCUUGUGUGCUCUGCAUGUCUCUUUCAGCAGAAGCCAUAGGUGUCAACUAUGGAACACUUGGGGAUAAUCUGCCACCUCCCAGCCAAGUGGCGAAGUUCCUUCAGACCACUAAUAUUGACAGAGUGAAGCUGUUUGGUGCAGAUCCUGCUAUUUUACAGGCCUUUGCAAAUACCAACAUUGGGGUAGUUGUGGCGGUGGCUAAUGAUGAAAUUGUAGGGCUUAGUAAGCUGGGUGUAGCUCAGGAAUGGGUGAAGAACAAUGUAGCUCCCAGUGUUCCAGACACAAAGAUCAUUGCUAUAUCUGUGGGAAAUGAGGUUUUGUCCACUGGAGAUAAAAAUCUCAUAGCCCAUCUUGUCCCUGCUAUGCAGAACCUUCAUACUGCUCUGGUUGGAGCUUCCCUGGAUAAACAGAUAAAGGUUUCAACUCCUCAUUCUUUGGGCAUUUUGGCUGCCUCUGAGCCACCUUCCAUAGGACGUUUCCGCCGUGGGUAUGAUAGGGUUAUUAUUAAGCCAUUGCUAAACUUCCUUAGAACCACCGGUGCCCCUUUCAUGGUCAAUCCUUACCCCUACUUUGGUUUCACUGCCAAGACCUUGGACUAUGCUCUGUUUAAGCCAAAUCCUGGAGUGUUUGACAAAAACACUGGUAUUACCUAUACAAACAUGUUUGUUGCUCAGUUGGAUGCGGUCUACUCGGCUAUGAAGCUUCUAGGGUUUUCAGACGUUGAUAUUGUAGUGGCAGAAACAGGGUGGCCUUCAUUAGGAGAUAUUGAUCAGCCCGCUGUGAAUAUGGAGAAUGCUUUAUCAUAUAAUGGAAAUCUCGUCAAGUUUGUGACUUCCAAUGUGGGAACUCCAUUGAUGCCUAAUAGGACCUUCGAAACUUACAUCUUUGCUCUCUUCAAUGAAGAUCUCAAGCCUGGUUCCACUGCAGAACGUAACUUUGGACUUUUCAAGCCAGAUAUGACCAUGGUCUACGACGUUGGCUUGAUGAAGGCUCAGAAUACAAGUCCUGCACCUUCUACGGGCACACCGGUGGCACCAGUGACACCAGUAACACCAGUGACACCAGUUACACCAGUACCAGUAACACCCACCACCCCAGCAACUCAGAAGUACUGGUGUGUUGCAAAACCAGAUGUAGAUCAGAAAACUCUGCAACAAAAUAUAGAUUAUGCAUGUGGGCAGGGAGUGGACUGUACUCCCAUUCAGCCAGGAGGUGCCUGCUUUAAUCCUAACACCAUUGCAGCUCAUGCAACUUAUGCAAUGAAUGCAUUCUACCAAUCCUCUGCUCGCAAUAAUUAUGAUUGCUACUUCGGCAAUACAGCACUUCUUACACAGGAAGAUCCCAGUUAUGGGGAGUGUGUAUAUCAAGCAGUGUAGAUUUCCUACAAAUCUUAUAUUAAAUUAUUGAGGGGCGCUUCAAUCUUUGCAUAUCUUUGUUUAAAAUUAUAUUGUAUGUAAUCUUAUGUAGCAUUUAAAGCUGCCAAACAUUAUUAUUAUUCUUGUGGGCAUUUUGUCAGUACGUUAACUGGGUAAUUUGAAAAGUAUUUUGGCUUUUCUUAGUACGUCAUGUGCGUGGUGGGUGGCGUAUAAAAAUUCAAUAUAAUAGCUGGAAUUCUGAAGGCGCCUGACAUUACCUA